AUGCCCCUCUGGGCCGGCUAUCUUCUCGUGUGCGGCUUCGGCAUCAUGUUCUCGAUCAUCACCUCGAUCAUGGUCAAGCUUGAGCAGACGUACGGCGGCCUCGUCCUCUCCUCCGAGAACUUCAACACGGCCGGCCGCAACAUCAAGACGGGUUUGACGGCUUCGGUGAUCGUAUCCCAGUGGACGUGGGCGGCGACGCUCCUCCAGUCGUCAAACCAGGCGAGCCAGUACGGCAUCGCAGGUCCCUUUUGGUACGCCGCGGGCGCAACGAUCCAGAUCCUCCUCUUUGGCAUCCUCGCCAUCGAGAUCAAGAAGAAGGCGCCCAACAUGCACACCUUCCUCGAGAUGGUCGACAUCCGCUGGGGGAAGGCGGCCCACCUGACCUUCCUCUUCUUCGGCAUCAGCACCAACCUCAUCGUGACUGGCAUGCUGCUCCAGGGCGGCUCGGCGGUGAUGACGGCCUGCUCGGGCAUGCACCCGGUGGCCGCAAACUUCCUUAUCCCGCUCGGCGUGGUCCUCUACACCUGGUUUGGCGGCCUCAAGGCCACCUUCCUCGCUUCGUACAUCCACACCGCCGUCAUCAUGAUCUGCCUCGUGGUCUUCAUCACCUACGUGUACGCGGUCCCGGGCGACUACGAGUGCGACGCGCUCAACGGCCUCUGCACCUCCGGAUACAAGUCGGCCGAGUGCACGGAGGAUCAUACCAAGCAGUGCGAGGCGCUCGGCUCGGCCGCGAUCCUGUGGGAGCGCCUCGCCUUCCUCACCGCUCUGCCUAGGAUGGGGGCGGACUGCGUGCCCCUAGCUCCGUCCGGCCGGGAGGGCUUUGAAGUGAGUCUAUCAGUAAGCGCGGGUUAG